GCGCAGACGCGGCUAGGGCGCGCGGCGGGCGCACGGUUGGCUGAGCGCGGGUCUGGUGGGCGUUUGGCGUGAGCGGGACCCGAGCAGAGGCAGCGAGAGCCGGCGCCAUGGUGGAGAAGGAGGAGGCUGGCGGCGGCAUCAGCGAGGAGGAGGCGGCGCAGUAUGACCGGCAAAUCCGCCUGUGGGGGCUGGAGGCCCAGAAACGGUUGCGGGCCUCCCGGGUACUUCUUGUGGGCAUGAAAGGACUUGGGGCUGAAAUUGCCAAGAACCUCAUCCUGGCGGGGGUGAAAGGACUGACCAUGCUGGAUCAUGAACAGGUAUCCCCAGAAGACCCUGGAGCUCAGUUCCUGAUCCGGACUGGGUCCAUUGGCCGAAAUAGGGCUGAAGCCUCUUUGGAGCGAGCCCAGAAUCUCAACCCCAUGGUGGACGUGAAGGUGGACACUGAGAAUAUAGAAAAGAAACCGGAGUCGUUUUUCACUCAGUUUGAUGCUGUAUGUCUGACUUGCUGCUCCAGGGAUGUCCUAGUUAAAGUUGACCAGAUCUGUCACAAAAAUAGCAUCAAAUUCUUCACAGGAGAUGUUUUUGGCUACCAUGGAUAUACAUUUGCCAAUCUUGGAGAACAUGAGUUUGUAGAGGAGAAAACCAAAGUUGCCAAAGUUAGCCAAGGAGUGGAAGAUGGGCCUGAUACCAAGAGAGCAAAACUUGAUUCAUCUGAGACAACUAUGGUCAAAAAGAAGAUGGUCUUCUGCCCAGUGAAGGAAGCUCUGGAGGUCGACUGGCGCAGUGAGAAAGUCAAAGCAGCCCUGAAACGCACAACUUCGGAUUACUUUCUCCUCCAAGUGCUCCUGAAGUUCCGCACGGAUAAAGGAAGAGACCCUAGUUCCGAGACCUAUGGGGAAGAUUCUGAGUUGCUGCUCCAGAUUCGAAAUGAUGUACUUGACUCCCUGGGUGUUAGUCCUGACCUUCUUCCCGAGGACUUUGUCAGGUACUGCUUCUCUGAGAUGGCCCCCGUGUGUGCUGUGGUUGGCGGGAUCUUGGCACAGGAAAUUGUGAAGGCCCUGUCUCAGAGGGACCCUCCUCACAACAACUUCUUCUUCUUUGAUGGCAUGAAGGGGAGUGGGAUUGUGGAGUGCCUCGGCCCCAAGUGAACCGAAGACUUGGCAGCCCCAAGAUGCUGACUCGCAGCACGCCCAGAGAUAUUCCCUUCCCCCUUCCCCCACGAAGGCAUCUCAAGAUGGGGAAAAUGAAGUAAUUGGACCAGUACACACCACUUCCUGUGAGCAUGGAGAUUGUGCAGAUGUACGGCUUCCGCUCGCCAGCAGCUGCUGAACAAGGGGCUGGGGACUGGUUCUUCCCAUUCUGGCGCUGUCAGGCCUGUGUGCGAGCCGAAGGCCUGCCAGCUCCCCUGAGUGGUGAUCACCUCAAAGCACCCCUUUGACACCUCCCCACCUGGUGUCAUCAUGGCUUCGCCAGCCUUUUGGGGUCUCGGCAGAGACCCCUGCCAGGAACCAGCAUGCCUUGUUGCUUAGGUGCCUCUUACCACCUCGGACUUAUUCCCCACCUGAUGUCACACAGCAAGGAGUGUGACUUCAGGUGGCGAAGACGGCCCAGGCCCGAUGAAACGCCUGUGUAACCAAAGUUCCAAAUUCAGACAGGUGCCUUUAGAGAGGAAAAAACAGGCUUGGCGGAAUGCCUUUCCUCCAGUUUGAGAUCCCGAAAAACAACAGGUGCCAUCUGCUAUGCUGGUCUUGAAUUUUCGUUUAGGAUUAGUGAAGUUCAGUCUGGGUUUGGGAAGAGGGAAGUGUUAUUAAGCUCCCCCACCCCCCCCCUCGGGAUAUGAGGGGAGACCUUCUGAGUGGAAUAUUAGUGGGAGAGCAGCUUGUUUAAAACGGCCUGUUCAUGGGCCCACCCCUGGAGAGGCACGUUCCCUGGGGCUCAGCUGGGACACGGAGCUCCCUUUUAACAGAGCCCGGUAACUGAGGCAGGCAGGCCUGCAGGAGGUGGGCAUUUUAAUUAAGUGGUUGUCCUUCAUUUGCCCCUGAAACAUAGCUGUUUGUGUUCCACAUGUUUUCUACACUUUCCUUGGUUCUUUAAAAAGGAAUGGUAGUAAAAAUAAAGUUAU